CGCGACGCCCGCUUCCUGGUCCCCGUGUUAACCAUGGCUGAGGAACAACCGCAGGUCGAACUGUUCGUCAAGGCUGGCAGUGAUGGGGCCAAGAUUGGGAACUGCCCCUUCUCCCAGAGACUCUUCAUGGUGCUCUGGCUCAAGGGAGUCACCUUCAACGUCACUACCGUUGACACCAAGAGGCGAACGGAGACAGUCCAGAAGCUGUGCCCAGGAGGACAGCUCCCAUUCCUGCUGUAUGGCACAGAAGUGCACACAGACACCAACAAGAUUGAAGAAUUUUUGGAGGCUGUGCUAUGCCCUCCCAGGUACCCCAAGCUGGCAGCACUGAACCCUGAGUCCAACACAGCUGGGCUGGACGUAUUUGCCAAAUUUUCUGCCUACAUCAAGAAUUCAAACCCAGCGCUCAAUGAUAAUCUGGAGAAGGGCCUCCUGAAAGCCCUAAAGGUUUUGGACAAUUACUUGAUAUCCCCGCUCCCAGAAGAAGUGGAUGAGACCAGUGCUGAGGACGAGGGCGUCUCUCAGAGGAAAUUUCUGGAUGGCAAUGAGCUCACCCUGGCUGAUUGCAACCUGUUGCCAAAGCUCCACAUUGUACAGGUCGUCUGUAAGAAGUACCGUGGAUUCUCCAUCCCCGAGCAGUUGCGGGGAGUGCACCGGUACUUGCGCAAUGCAUAUGCGCGGGAAGAAUUCGCCUCCACGUGUCCGGAUGAUGAGGAGAUUGAGCUGGCCUAUGAGCAAGUGGCCAGAGCCCUGAAAUAAGCCCCUGGGGGUGGGGGUGGGGGUGGCAUUUGCCUCCCUCCAUUUUCUCCACCAAGGCUCGGGUGAUUUCCACACAGCUACCAAUGGACAUACUCCAAAAUGGCAGUGGGUGGGGAUCCUGGGGCACUUGUGCAAGGCUGUCUAGGGAGAGGAGGGGAACCCAAGAGGAAGCCUCAUGGGAUUUUAAUGGAGGGGUGGGGUGGGUAAGACAACGUAUUUCGUUAAUAAAAUACAGAAUGAAA